GCUCGCAUCACCAUCAAUGAUGUGCGCAUGAUACUUGAGCUUGAGCGCCCAUUUCAUACAAGCUACAUCAGGUUAGCCUAAUCCCGCAGUUUCAGGUCUCUUACAUGCUCAUUCACGCCGCAUUCGCGUAUUUGGAGUUUCGGAUGAAUGUAUUUCCCAAGCACAAUUGCGAAAUCAAGCAUUGCUACAUCCUCGAAGAAUCACUGGCACGUACAGCGCUAGUACGACUAAUAUGAUAAUCAGCUCCCAAACACCGCCAUUUCAUUUCAGGUGAUGGACAAACAGCCAAAUAGUCCAACUUGAGUGUUGAAACAUCAUUCUCGUGUAUAAAGGGUUGCGUCCUGCGUUGCCAUGCAGCUCGCUCCAUACGUCAAACUUCCAAUGACUGAAGUUACAGGCAAAGUAGUUUUCAAAGUCGGAGAAGACACGUACCAGACUUGGUACAAAAUCGUCGGCGAUCUUGCUUCGGGUGCUCAUCCUCUCAUCGUGCUCCACGGCGGCCCUGGCAUCUCGCAUGAGUAUAUGACACCUCUCGCUGAACUUUACAGUAAAUGCAACAUCCCCGUCAUCUUUUACGACCAGAUCGGUAUCGGCAAGUCCAUUUUUGAAGGUGUGGCGGAGAAGCCCAAAGAGUUUUGGACAGUCGAUCUGUUCAUGGACGAGCUGGACAACCUUAUCGCCCACCUUGGUGUCCAGAAUGGCUUCGCUCUUCUGGGUCACUCCUGGGGAGCGAUGCUGGGAGCACACUACGCCAGCCACAGACAUCCUGUGGGUCUCAAACACCUCAUCCUCACUAGCGGAGCGCCAUCGAUGGCACUGUGGGAACAAAGCACUGGCCAGUUGCUGAAAGCGCUGCCAGCGAAUGUGAGGGAGACGAUAGAGAAGCAUGAAAAAGAGGGGACGACGGAUAGUCCUGAAUAUCAUCAAAUGUUGGGGAUCUUCUAUGACAAGCAUGCUUGCAAGGCCCCCUGGCCAAAGGUGAUGGAGACGUCGUUUGGGGCUAUGAUGCAACAUCCCACUGUGUAUCAGACCAUGAUUGGACCGUCAGAGUUCACGAUUACGGGCACGCUGAAGUCAUGGACGUGUCUGGAACAGAUUCACACGAUUACGGUUCCUACUCUGGUCACGAACGGUGUGAUGGACGAAGCGCAGGAUGUCUGCGUCAGUCCUUUCUUCCAGAGGAUUCCGCAUGUUAAGUGGGCUCAGUUCUCCCAGCGUCACAUGCCAUUCUUGGAGGAGGAGGACCAGGCGAGAUACCUUCAAGUGGUGGCUGAUUUUCUGACGUAUCCUUGAAUGGUCAACCCUGUAAAAUAGAACCAAGAAUGAAUGCAUGGGAAUGGAGUGACGGUGACCAUAUUACCAUAGCGAUUCCCUCCUUCCAUAGGAUAUGUUUAAGGGAUAAUCCUGUCUUAGGUUAAGGACACGCGAUGAAAGAGGUGUCCAGUCUGCUAUAUGUUAGGAGAGCGUGAAGAUGCUAGAAAUAACUGCGCGAUGAAAGAGGAUAAAAGGCAGACUUGCGAUAAAUUGAU